UUAACCUGGAGUUGGGACAAGAUAAGCAUCAUUCCUGUUUGCAAAUCAGACAGAACAGGUCACAAAAUGUCAGGCUACAAGUGGGUACCCAGAAGCGCGGCGCAAAGUUUGCCAUCGAACGCGGUGGUCGGAGGCCGGGACAGCGACGGAUGCACGAUCUACGUCGGCAGGGCGUUCCACGAAGGCGACAUGCUUCCGGCGAAAGUGAUCCCCGAGAAGAAUGUCGGUUACGUGUGCCACAACGGAGAGGAACACGCGAAAUACGACUACGAGGUGUUGUGCCUUGGGGAAUUCGCGUGGGAGUUCUGCAGCAACGGCACCGUUCCGAGCGGCGCGGUGGUCGCAGGGCAGACUACCGAUGGAGAACCUCUGUAUGUCGGCCGUGUUCUCCAUAAUGGAUCCCAAACAGUUGGCAAGGUCCAACAGAGUCACGGAUGCCUCUACAUCCCCUUCGACGGAGAAGAACUGUCCUUCAAAGACUACGAAGUCCUUGUGCUCAACUAGCUCAUAGAAAACUAAACUCGACACGUUUCCUGUUGGCACGCGGAGGCAAACACGCGAUCUAUAUGUUUUCACUAAAUUUGUACCCUUGAGACUCGUCUUAAUAAUUCGUAUAGUUUUUCCUUCUGGAA